UGUGUAAAUUUGAUCGAAGUGAAAACAUACGAGUUAUUUAAUUGGCUAGAAUUUUCCCACGGUUGUUAUUAGCUCGUCUAGAGGCUAUAAGCAACAGUUAUAGUCGUAAAUAAUGAAAAUGCCGCCGCCUGGCAUCGAUAACAAAAAUUCGCGACUGCUCAAUCACGAUGAGAACCUGCAAGUUUUCAGGUUACUGGGAAAUCGGUGUCAGUCAUUAAGCACAACGGUAGCCCAGCUAUUUUGCACAGAACCUCCAAAUCAUAACCAAUGGAUCAAGAAAGACGUGGGAGUGCUGUGUUUUGUUAAAGACAACAGCAGGAAGAAUUAUUUCUUUAGGAUGUUUUGCUUGCGGAAGAAUAUGUUAGUGUGGGAGCAGGAAAUGUACAACAAUAUGGAAUAUAACGAGAGUACUUUAUUUUUACAUAUUUUUGAGGGAGAGGACGCCAUGGUCGCUUUUAAUUUUGCAAGUACUGAUGAAGCAAAAGAAUUUAAAUUGGUCGUAGAUGAGAAACUUAUGGUACGCAAAAAACGGGAAGAACGGCGACAGAAACAAAUAAGGGGCCCCGUGUCUCAACAAAACAACAUUGUGAAUUCAAACACCCUUCGCGCCCCUCACGAUUACAGAAAAGUGUCAGAUCCAGUUGUAAAGCAAGCAAAACGCAAACGAAAUAUUACGAAGGCUGAUAUUGGUGUCCCCCUCGACUUUAAACAUGUAUCGCACGUGGGCUGGAACCCCGAAUCGGGCUUCGAUUGUGACAUCGACAGUCAAGACGAACAAUUGAAAUCUUUUUUCGAAAAAGCCGGAAUUUCGGAAAAACAGCUGCAAGAUCGCGACACAAAAGAGUUUAUUUAUGAUUUCAUCAACAAACAUGGGGGCCGUGAAGCGAUUCAGGAAUCCACGAAUAGACACUCGGCGCGGAAAGCCCCAGCCGUGCCUCCGUUUACACAGGCGCCACCUAUACCCCCGGUGCCCCCUAGAGGGCCUUUGAGGUCACAUGUUUCCAGCCACAGAGUGGCACCCCCACCGCCACCAGCGCCUGCUAGUAUCACAAAUUCGGUUGAAAGUGAGAAAGUUAUCCCGCCACCGCCGCCCCCACUAGCCGAUUUCGAGUCGGUGCCACCGCCCCCGGUGCCCGCGUUCGACCUGUCGCAAGGUGACGGUCCGAUUCCGAUUCCGCCGGCCAUGGGCUCUGCGCUUUUGGAUAGUAUUAAAACGGGGACGACGUUGCGACCUGUCGAGGAGCGGAAAAUGCCCACGACGCCAGUGGUUGACGACUCGCGUGGACAACUCAUGAAGGAAAUUCAAAAGGGGUUGAAGUUGAAACCGGUUUGUGAGAGGGAUGUCAAGCCGGUGAAUAACGUGGUGGAGACUAGGAGUGGAGAUUUGGCUGAAGCAUUGGCUAGGGCGUUGGCCGAGAGGAGUAAGGCCAUACAUUCAGAGGAUGAUGACGACGAGGAGGAUUCGAAUGAUGACGAAUGGGAGGAUUAAUGGGGUUUUGGUUGGGAUCGAGAGAAACUGUUAAAAAAGAUUAAUAAAGACUUUAACUUUAA